AUUCAAUCUUCGAUUUCAUUUCCCUCUCCUAUUUCACUUUCGCCUGUUCUUCGUCAACAUUUGAUUCCGCCAUAGCCAUGGGAGCAACAAGUCAAGCCCAAUGCGAGACCAACGCCGUCACCGACCCUUCCUCCACCUCCUUCCGCCUCCGUAGCCCCAGCCUGAACUCCGUCCGCCUCCGCCGCAUCUUCGACAUGUUCGAUCGCAACAGCGAUGGACUGAUCACCGUCGACGAGAUCAACAAGCCGCUCAACCUUCUCGGAUUGGACACCGAUCUCUCCGAUCUGGACUCCACGAUCCAGUCCUUCGUCAAAUCGAAAAGCGCCGGCGGCGGCCUCACCUUCGAGGACUUCGAGGCUCUCCACCGAUCGCUCGACAACGAGCUCUUCGGCGGAUACGGCGAGGAGGCCGUCAGCAAAGCGCAGGAGGAGGCGGAGAUGAAGGAGGCGUUCAAGGUGUUCGAUGAGGACGGCGACGGAUUCAUAUCGGCGAGGGAGCUGGAGGCGGUGCUCGGGAAGCUGGGGCUGAUCGAGAAAGGGCGCGGUGAGAUCGGGAGAGUGGAGGAGAUGAUAUCGUCCGUCGAUCAGAAUCGCGAUGGGGUCGUUGAUUUCGCGGAGUUCAAGGGCAUGAUGCGCAGCGUCAUGGGUCGCAGCUGUUGACCAAUUGGCGUCAACAACAAUGAUCGUUGGUUAGAUUCAAAAUACACAUAACUACAUGAUUAAUUAAUUAAUAUCCAUCUUCGAAAUUUCAAAUUUUGGAUUAGUUUUGUGAUUUUGGAUGUAAUGUUUAUUUGAAUCAUGAUAGUUUUAUAUUCUCUUUUUCACUAAGCUUGCCGAUUUGCUAUUGAUGAUGCGUUGAAAUGUUAGAAAUUAGGCGUGGGCAUAACGGUUUGAUUUAACCGAACCGUAUCAAAC